AGAGGCAGAAGUAGCGAACGACAAAAUACGUCAGCGUCAAAAAUUGACGCACGACGUCUUGACGCACGGAGACGUCUUCAUCCAAAUUUGCGCGGGUUCGCUGUUGUUGUGUGUGGCUGUCAUCUGGCUGUUGUCUACUCAAAGAGAUAUAAAUAAAACGGUUUACUGGAAAUCUUCACGUUGCUUCUUUUCGCUUGGAAAACCGAAAACAUGUCCAAGCGAGAGGCGUUUUUAGAGGCCGCCUGUAAGGAGAAUGCGGAGGACUUCCUUCGCUUCAUCCAGCUUCAUAAGGACAAAACUGAGCCUUUCGAUGUUGAGGAAGUGGUUCAGGAGAUGCCCAGAGACCAAAGACAGACUCUGUGGGGAAAAUUAGCUUCGUUCCUUCAGGACGUCCUGCAGGAGUUACCCCCAGACCGCUGGGAGGAGGACAGGGGGGAGGGCAUGGAAGUGGAGUCAGCUGUAGACCCUAAACAUGUCAUGGCUGUUGUGGAUGGUGUGACACUAGUGGCUGUGGUGUCAUUAAAGGUCCUACAAGAUGGUGACACCUACGGUGCCCUUCUGCAAAUUGCCCACAGCCUUCAUGAUGUUCUGGUGUCGCUGCCUGUCUCAGAGGCACCUCUGCAGCUUCAUAUCCAGACACUGUAUGAGGCCUGGUGGAAGAAGGGCCUGAUGGAGAAAGAAAAAUUUGGUCGCGCUGCUUUCCUCAUCUCUCUGCAGAAGAGCUUCGUUUUGAAGAAACCAGGUGCUGAGAUCCAAAGAGUCUGGAGUCUCCAUGAUGUGCUUUCAAGUCUGGACUACACUUCAGAAGACAACAAGCAGAUUAUUGACUUGUUGCUUCAGUGUUUUCAACGUCCUGUGUACCUUAGAAACGAUGAUGGAAAGCGAUUUCUGGUGUUUCUCUUCAGCUGGAACAUCAGCUUCAUCUGGGUCAUUCACGGCACCAUCAAAAACCAGCUGGAGUUUUAUAGCAAGACUAUGACUGCUCAUAUUAUGGAGAUCUACUUCAGAGCAUGGAAAAAGGCUAGCGGGGACUUCCAGGAGCAGAUUGAGAGCUCGUGCAUUCAGGAUUUUAUGCAGAAUGCGAUCUUCCUUCAUAGAGCAUCUCCUGUCCAUGCCAAAGUCCGACAGAUCGUGAGCUAUUUCCACUCAAGGAAGGACUGUCACAAAGUCGACAAGAUGCUCUGUGAUCUCUACAAGCCUAUUCUCUGGAAAGCUUUAAGUGCACCAAACUUUGAGGUACGUGCAAAUGCCACUUUGCUUUUCACUGAGGCCUUUCCAGUCCACGACCCGGAUCAGAGCAAUAAGAAUAUCGAUGAGACCAUUCAGAGGCAGCUGGACACAGUAAUGGACCUCUUUGGUGACCCUCAUCCUGCUGUGCGCUCUAAUGCUACCCUGGGAGUCUGUAAGAUCCUGGCUAAGUGCUGGGAGCUCCUCCCUCCAACAAUCAUCACAGACUUCCUGAAGAAGCUGAUGGUGGAGCUGGCAGCUGACAGCAGCUCCCCUGAUGUCCGGUGCUCAGUCUUCAAGUGUCUGACUAUUGUCUUGGACAACAGUCUCAGCCAUCCACUGCUGGAAAAACUCCUGCCUACUCUCAAAUACAGUCUUCAUGACAACUCAGAGAAAGUCCGCACAGCUUUCCUUGACAUGCUUAUCAAGGUGAAGGCAGUGCGUGCUGCCAAGUUUUGGGACGUGUGCACCAUAGAACACCUGCUGGCCCGCCUGGCUAUUGAUUCCCAUUCGGUUUCCAAGCGCAUUGUCGACCUGCUCUUCAAGUCCUUCUUCCCCGUCAACGAGUCGGAGAGGGAGUGGUGCUGUCGCUGCAUCACCCUCAUCCAGAUGAACCCAAUGGCUGCCAGGAAAUUCUACCAGUAUGCCCACAACCACACAGCCCCCACUAACAUAAUAAAGCUGAUGUUGGCUAUUCGCCGUGUUCUGAACAGCUGUAUCCAGGCUGACUGUGACCAGUCUGUGUUUAAUGACAGCAACAAGGAGAACAGCGCACAGGCUGAACCUCUGUUGGGGAAAGACACGGCCAUUGCGUCCCGUCUGCUGGAGGUCGUGGUCAUCCUGUGGAGAAGUGUUGAAAAGGCCCUGAGACAAAAUGAAGAGGCCCAGAAGUACACCUUUGCCAAGUUUGGGAAUGUCAUGGCCAAGUAUUUCCAGGCCUUUGAGGAUGAACAAUGUACUGUUCCUCUCAUACAGCUGGCCUCAUUCAUGCCUCCAGCUGCAGCUCCAACAUUCAGCUGUGGCGUCCUGUCCAGACUGAGGAGGAUGGACCCAGGAGCAGUGCCACAACAGUACAGCCAGCUGUUAGACUGCAUGUGCAGCUGGGGCCAGGCAGCCCAAAUCCUCGAACUCGUCACAGACUGGCUCAGCGAGGCUCUGCCCAAACAAGGGGACAAGGCAAACGGCAGUCGAAAGGUGCAUAUCCAAGAGACGGUGGAGGCCAAACCAGACCUGGCUCUGGCUUACCUGGAAUACCUGUUCAGCCACGCUUCGACACGGGAGAAAGUCUUGGCUCUUGGUGAGAGGCCACUGAAGCAGCUCCAUACAGUUCUAGGAAACUGGAGGUCGGUGCUGUACGCUCACCUCAGCUCCACCACAGACGAGCCUAAAAGUCCCCGUGUGGAGACGGCACUCAAAGUCUUCACGUACUAUGGCCGUCUCGGUGCCCAUCUGCAGCACAAUUCCUCACAGGGUCGAGAUUACCUGCUCUCUCUGGAGCAUGUGGCAGCGUGGGUAGCUGAGAGGGUGUUGCCUUUCCUGGCUAAACGUCCCGAUGAUGAUGAUGAUGAUGAUUUGGAGAAGUCACAGCCACUGGCAGCGCAGAUAACUGAGAGCUUCCUCGCAGUGUGUCGAGACGUUUUGCUCGUGGGUUUGGGCGACGACGGCUUCAAGGGUCAAAUCCUCCACCUGUGCUCGCUCACCCUCCUCUCAGAGGCAGGCUACCUGUGCAUUCCUGCAGUGCUGCUGAUUUUGAAGGAGGUGGUGGACAGUUAUGUACCUGAGGACAACAACCAGGCUCAGGACAAUCAGGAAAGCCCGGUCGCUGUCGUCCUGGGUGUGGUGGCCAACAUCUUCCAGAAGAUCAUAGAGCUCUUGGCACGUCACCUUAGGAAGAAACCAGAGGAGGGAAAACAGCUGUGUCAGUCAGCCGUUAGCGGCCUGACAGACUUCCUCCAAGUGGCUCAGUUCUGGGAUAUGGCACCUCUCAGCGGGAUCUUCUCUACUCUUUUUGCUGUCAUCAUCGUGGAAAAGAGACAUUCACUUCAGAAGAUUACCCAUCCUGAGGAGGUGAUCAUCCCAGAGUCAGUAGAGGACAUGCCUCCUCUGUCCAGCGUCCUGCUGUCGGUCAUCCUCAAAUCGUCCUCUGUUACCAGGGCAUUUUUGACGGAGGUCAGCUCAUCUUUGGACUCUGAGGCCAUCGGCUGUCUGAACGAGCUGGCUGCCGUCCUGCACGUCUUGGCGGUCAUCAAACACAAGGGGCAGUCGAAAGCUGGCUUGAAGAGCGCAGCCACAUCUGUCCAGCAGCAGCUUCACACACAUGCAGUCACAUCUGCAGACAGCAGAGACAUCCAGAGGGUAAUCUACGAAUCUUCUGUGAAAACCUUGAAUGAAAUUCUGGAUUUAUAAGUUGGGCUGUUUGUUAUCUGCUUCACAUUUGUAUGUGAUGACGCUAAGGAGAGCAGCAUAAAAACCGCUUCUCUGUUAGCGUUACAGACAGAAAUGACACAGUAAGUAAGUAUUUUAAAAUGCCUGCCGGUUACUGUGUCUUUUCCAUAUUGGCUCUACUUGUGUGUUUAUUUAUUUCUUGAUGGCACACAUUGCUCAAUCUUGUCUCUCAGGCUUUGUGCAUUGGUAGUGUUAAGAAAUAUUGAUUAAAUGUUCCAGACUGCAGAAGUACG